AGGGCUGAAGAGAGCAAAGCAACGCAAACACUUAUCUUUAUGCCUAAUUCCCUGCAGCAUUUUUUCUAUGCUUCUGCUAUGUCUGGUAUAGUUAUCUCCUCGACUUCUCAAAAGCCUAGAUAUUUUUUUCAUACUUCCAAGAUUUCAGCAGCUGCUACUUCAUAUUUGAAAAGUAGGAACAGGGCAUUUCCUUUUUUGCCUUUAUCUGGGUGCAAAUUUGAGUUAGGAUGGAAAAGAAAUCGACCCUUUUCUUGGGAAUGCAAAAGAAGUUUCGAGAUUUGUGCAUUGUCUUCUAAUUCACGAGGCAAUAAUUGGGUAAGGGUUCAGCCCGAAAAAGAUGAGAACUUUAGGGAAGAAGAUAUGUUUGUAGUGGUGAAUUUCUAUCAUUUUGUGUUUAUUGAAGACCCUCAAGAGGAAGUGUCAAAGCACCUAUCCUUCAUGCAGGGUCGUAAUAUACACGGACGAAUAUACCUGAACGAACAAGGAAUUAAUGCGCAGUACAGUGGACCAGCCAAAGAUGCUCUUGCAUAUGCUAAAUGGGUAAAAGAGGACCAUAGAUUUGCAGGUGUACUAGUUCAGAUCUCACCAGUUUCAAAUGGCCAUGCCUUUCCCAGAUUAAGGCUUCGUUAUAAGCCUUCACUUGUUCAGUUGGAAGGAGGAAUUUCACAUCUUCCUUUGCUUGAGCCCUCAAUUCGAGCUAUACCCCUCACACCAUCCCAGUGGCGAAAUAGAUUAGAGGCAUUAAAUAAGGUUAAUGAUUGUUCCAAUGGAGAUCUCAAUGGCAACUGUAUUCUGCUUGAUGUGAGAAAUGGUUAUGAAUGGGACGUUGGCCAUUUUCAAGGGGCUCCACGGCCGGAUGUGGAUUGCUUUAGAAGCACUUCUUUUGGAUUGUCUGACUCAAUGGUCAGUGAAUCAGAUCCUUUAGCUGCCAUAGACAAAGAGAAAACAGAUGUAUUAAUGUAUUGCACUGGAGGUAUUCGCUGUGAUGUAUACUCUGCAAUCCUUAGAGGACGAGGUUUCAAAAGAUUAUAUACAUUGAUGGGAGGGAUUUCUCAUUAUCUCAAGAGUGAAGGUUCUGCUGGAUGGGUUGGAAAUCUCUUUGUUUUUGAUGCUCGUCUUGCUCUUCCUCCUCCUGUAUUCAAGCCUGAAGUUAAAACUGAAGCUAGCAAAACACAAGCUUUCCUGGAUAACUCAUUUGCCAAAUGCUAUAUAUGUGGUUCAAAAGUGUCGGAAUUGAGACAUCGUAAUUGUGCAAACCUUGAUUGUAACCUCCUUUUCCUAUGCUGCAUGGCCUGUGUGAACCAGUUAAGAGGAUGCUGCUGUUUGAAAUGCACAUCUGCCGCUAGACUUAGACCCGUACUGCCUGGGCAUCAAAGAUACCAAAAAUGGCAUCAUUAUAGAGAAGUGGAGUUGGAAAGAAGAUGAAGACUUGAUC